UGGUCGUCCCAGUUUGUGCCAGGCUGGGGUGAAAUAACAAAUAUAAGUGUAGAAUGUGCUGAGGAGCGUCUUCCACUGAUGAGUAAAAAUGAACAGGAAAACUGCUGUGCGUCUGUUCAGUCUGGCUGCUCUUUGGGCCAGCGCCCAUGGAGUGUGUCGCACAGGCUGGAGGGAGUAUGAGAGUAAAUGUUACUUCUUUUCCACUGAAACAAAGUCAUGGGCAGAGGCUAAUAAUAUCUGUCAGCGGCAGCACUCUCACCUCAUGAGCAUUCUGGACAUCCAUGAGAGGCUUUGGGUAAGGACACAGGUGGGCACUGAGAUUUACUGGAUCGGCCUCACGGAUCAGAUCACAGAAGGAGUUUGGGAGUGGACCGACGGCAGCACUUUUCUUCCAUAUCUCGCAUACUGGAGGCAGGGCCAACCUGACAACUGGAACGACAACGAGGACUGUGGCCAAGUUGUGGGAGAGAGUAACGGACAAUGGAAUGAUGAGAACUGCGACGCAAAGAGGAGAUAUAUCUGUAAAUAUAUUGAAGAAAACCCUGUUCCCCGGUGUGAUCAGGCCAGUGGCUGGUUCUCAUAUGGCUCUAACUGCUACAAACUAAAAGCCGACACAAGAAAGAGCUGGGCAGAGGCGAGACAUGAUUGUUUGGAGGAUGGAUCUGAUCUGGUGUCCAUCAUGUCUGUGGAGGAAGAGCAGUAUGUAGUGGGCAGACUGGACCCCUCCUACACUGAUCUCUGGAUAGGACUGUCCACUCUGAAGUGCAACAAGAUCUCAUGUCAAGUUGAAGCAGGAAACACACAGUUUGCCUGGUCAGAUGCUCAAGCUUUGUCGUUUCAAAACUGGGGUGAGAAUGAACCUUCUCCAGAUCCUCAAGUAGGUUCAUGUGCGGCCAUCAUCAAAGAUCCAUCAGAGGAGUACGGCAAAUGGAGGUCACACGUGUGUCGCUAUGAGCGUCCCUACAUGUGCAAACGACCGCUGAACACCCUCUGUCCUCCUGGGUGGCUGAGUUUCAAUGGCAGCUGUUACUGGUUGGUCAGUAACAUCAACCUUCUGACAACCUGGCAUGAAGCGUUCAGAGCGUGCACGGACGUGGGGGCCCACCUGCUCAUAAUAAACAGCCAAGAGGAGCAGUACUUUAUCAAUGGAAAACUCCCAGACUUUCACCACGUUGACAUCCCAGACAUUUGGAUUGGUUUAUCAGAUAUGUACCAAGACGGAGAUUUUAAAUGGGUGGAUAAAAAUACUUUUGCCUUCUCAAACUUUGCUCCUGGUUUCCCUAAAAACACUGAACACUUUUGGGACUGUGGCCAAAUAUACACAGGGAAUUAUAAUGGCAAAUGGGAAACAACCAACUGCUUCAAGAGUCUGGGCUACAUCUGUGAACUGACGGGAGGACAGAACCCCAAACCACCGCCGCCUCCAGAUUCACACUGUGACGCUGGGUAUCUUUUGUACGAGGACUUCUGUUAUCAGUUUGAGACGGACCAAGUGAUGAACUGGCACGAGGCCGAGAAUCACUGCACCAAGGAGCAGGCGCAUCUGGUCAGCAUCCGUGGAGAGGAGGAGCUAGGUUUUAUAACAGCUCAUAUGCCAGCGGAAGCCUGGACUGGCCUCAAUGACAUCAAUAUUGAAAAUCAGUUCGUUUACACUGAUGGAACUCCAGCUGAUUUUCUUCCGUGGGCCCCGGAUCAACCAGACAAUUGGCAGAAUAACGAGGACUGUGUGCACAUUAGAGGAAUGAACCACCACGAGCCCGGGAAACUCAACGAUGAUUUCUGCACAGCCACUAAAAACUUCAUCUGCAAAAAAGCUAAGGGACAAGGACCUCCUCCGCAGCCUCCAACGUCUGGACCAGGAUGGAAUGAGAAGUGUGGCUCCUGGACGGCCGACCCUUUUAAUGACUUCUGUUACUUGUUUAACUUCUUUUCUCUGCGGACGUGGGCAGAAGCUCGAGCCGAUUGUUUAAACCAGGGAGCGGAUCUCGUCAGUAUCACAGAUCCUGCAGAACAGAGCCUGAUACAAGGUAUUAUCCAGCGAAGUCCAACUGGGAUUUCCCUGUGGAUGGGAGGUCAUGACUCUAUCACUGAAGGAGGCUGGGAGUGGACUGAUGGCUCACCUUUCAGAUACAUCCGCUGGAAUACAGGCAACCCCGAUGACUAUUACGGAGAGGACUGCCUGUCUAUUCUUAUAAACAAUGGCUACUGGAAUGACGACAACUGUGAAUACAAAAGAGGAUACAUAUGCAAGAAGAGAGGAAGAACACCUGAGCCUCCUCCACCCCACGAAGGUUUUAUGACAGCUCUGGUUUGCCAAGAUUCCUCUGCUGUUCUCCACUGCCCUCUCGAGAGCGUGAUUAACAUCCAGUCAGCUUUUUACGGACGAAGGAACAGUGAGACUUGUCCUCACAUGGGUUCUUCUGACGGUACUUGCACCGUGGAGGGAGUGCUGCCUCACUACAGGAAGCUUUGCGACAACCACGGCUUCUGCUUUGCAUAUGCCCAUGUGGAUCCGGACCCUUGCCCCACAGUUUCCAAAUACCUGGAGAUCACGUACAGCUGUGAACAGAAAGUGUGUCUACAUGGCCUCGGUGUUGAAGAUGGCAACGUCUCAAACGCGCAGCUCUCAGCAUCCUCCUCCGUGGGCUUUAACACUCCAGAUAAAGCUCGUUUGAAUGGAAACUCAUGUUGGAUGCCUUCAGGAAACCCAUCAUCAAAUUGGAUUCAAGUUAAUCUGGGACAGGCAAAAAAAGUAACAGGGAUUGUAAUUCAGGGUUGCCCCCAAAAAGAUCACUGGGUCACUAAGUUUAAAAUCCAGCACAGUAUGGAUGGAGUGACCUGGAAAAACUACAUUGAAGAUGGAGAGUUCUUCCCAGGCUCUACAGACAGAAACACACCUGACACUCAGCUUCUGGGGUCUCCAGUGUCAGCACAAUACAUCCGCAUCUGGCCCCUGGAAUACAGCGGGCAAGCAGGCCUUCGCUUCGACGUCUUAGGAUGCACACCUGAUUAUGCGAUCACCUGUGCCAACAAGCCCAACUUUAAUUUUGCCAAUGAUAGAAUAAAUGUUCACUGUCCUGCUGCCUGUGCAAGGUCAGACUACCUGGUUUAUGGUACUACAGUGUAUCGUGGUGACUCAAACAUCUGUGCAGCAGCCAUUCAUGCUGGAGUGAUUGUUGACGACAUUGGGGGGGAUUGCACUUUACUGAAAGCUCCAGGACAAAGUUUUUAUCCAGGUUCAACUAAGCAUGGCAUUACCUCUCGGCAAUAUAAUGGCAACUAUGCAGUCUCUUACACAUUUGCUGACGGAGAGCUGAGGUGUCCGGGAACGGAUUGGUACGAAUUUGGAGAUUUUUGCUACAAACCGUAUGUAGACAAAAAAACCUGGCAUGCAGCCCAGGACAGCUGCAGGAAAGCAGGGGCUGAACUUGUAUCCAUCCUCUCAAUGAAGGAGCAGAGCUGGUUGGAAAGUUACCUCUAUCUGGAGACCAGUGAUGUGUGGACGGGGCUGAAUGACCUCAUGUACACUGGUUACUUCAUGUGGUCUGACAGACAUUUAGUCUCCUUUACCUACUGGGCUCCAGGGGAACCAAAUAACCAUGAUGGAUUUACUGAAGACUGUGUUGAAAUGUUACACACUACUGGUCGAUGGAAUGAUGUUUCUUGCACAGAGCUUAACACUUACAUUUGCAAAAUGCCCAAAGCACAUUAUCCUCUGCCGUCGGCUCAGCCCACAGUAUAUGGAUGUCCUCAGGGCUGGAAUGCAUAUGGUUACUCCUGCUACUGGAUGGAGGAAACACCUAGAACCUGGGAACAUGCUAAAGCGUUUUGUAAAGAUCAGGGCAGCUUCUUGGUUCAUAUUGGAGACAUUUACGAGCAGUCCCACUUCACAGUACUGCUCUCAGGUAGGACUGACUUCUGGUGGAUUGGUCUUCGAGCUCGAGGUGGAGCAACAGGUGGAGUCGAUUACCUUUGGGACAAUGGAGCACCCCUCACCUUUACCCACUGGGACAGAAACCAACCAGACAGUGGAGAUGGCACCUGUGUGGCCAUGACUUCAGGUCAGAUCGGUGGCUUUUGGGAUGAUAAACAGUGCUCAGAAACAUUCCCUUUUAUUUGUGAGAAAGCACGACCUGAUAUCACUCCACCCACUAAGGCCCCAACACCCCCACCUUCACAGGGCUGUGCAGACGGAUGGACUGCUCUGGCCCACUUUAGGAACUGUUAUAAGUUGUUCCAUAAAGUUGAAUGGUCCCAAAAGAAGAGCUGGCAGGCAGCGUCUGAAGACUGUAUUUCAAGAGGAGCAAAUCUGGUCAGUAUCCACAACCAGGAAGAGGAGGAGUUUUUAUCAGAGUACAGCAAAGCCACCAGCAAGUGGAUAGGUCUGAAGAACAACCCUGUAGAAGGAGGCUACUCCUGGAGUGAUGGCUCUCCUCUGUCCCACACUAACUGGGGUCAUGGGGAGCCUAAUAACCACGAGGGCCGGGAGGACUGUGUUGAGAUGGUGAGCAGCACCAACGGGACCUUUUCCUGGUGGAAUGACCUGAACUGUGACGCUCAUCAGGACUGGAUCUGUAUGAUUGCAAAAGGAAAGACGCCCGUUUUACCCCCAGUACCUCCUCCUCCAGUACCAGCCCCUGAUUGUGGCACUAACCCUGGAUGGAGGAAGAACAACAACAUCUGUUACUACUACAAUGACACUGAUGUUGUGGACUUCCACACUGCGAUGCUCCGCUGCUACGCUGAGAAAGCAGCUUUGGUUUCAAUUCUUAACAAAGAUGAACAGGCUUAUGUCAACACUAUGGUGGGUACGGGAAACGUUGCCGCGGCCUGGAUCGGAAUGAGAAUGUUUGGUAUUGCAAAUGGACAGUAUAAGUGGGUGGAUCUUUCCCCAGUGACUUAUACCCACUGGUCCCCUGGAGAACCAAACAAUGCAAAUGGGGAAGAACAGUGUGUUCAGAUGAACAGGCACCAGGGUGGGUGGAAUGAUGCCAACUGUGGUCGAAUGGGAGGAUAUGUCUGUAAAAAGUUCCCUGGAGACCAUCACACCCCUCCCCCACCAACACAGCCCUGGGAAGGCAACUGUCCAGCAGGUUGGCUACGCUUCAACAACAAGUGCUUUUUGUUUAAAGGCAAAAAGGACGACAUUAAAGCCAAUUGGUCCUACGCACGAAGUUGGUGCAAAGAGCAAGGAGCAGAGCUGGCCGUGAUUGACAGCCAGUAUGAGAAUGACUUUGUCUCAAGUUACCUGAGGGAUUUGCAACGUCCCACAUGGAUUGGCCUGUCUGAUCUUCUGGUAGAAAACCAGUAUGCCUGGAGUGAUGGGGUCAGCCCUGUCCUGUACACAAACUGGAAUGAUAAAGAGCCCAACAACGCGGGAGGAGCGGAGCACUGUGUGUCAAUGAUUCACAACCACUUAGUUAGUGGAAAGUGGAAUGAUGAUGGCUGUCACAAGGAACAGAGUUUUGUCUGUUCCAGAAAGAAAUCAAGCAGCAUCAACCCUCCACCCCCCACACACAGCCCAUGUCCAUCUGGGUACAUCUCUUGGUACUUAAAUUGCUACAAAUUGGUAGAAGAAGCAGCCACCUGGGACGCAGCUCAGACAGCAUGUGCCAAGGCAGGAGGCAACCUGGCCAGCAUUGACAUGAGCUACGACCAGGCCUUUGUGGCUGGAGUUGUGCUCCAGGGAAAAGCUGAUGCCUGGAUUGGACUGAAACGCAAGGGAGACGGCUCGUACAUGUGGACAGACGGAUGGCCGGUUUUCUUCACACAGUGGGGACCAGGUGAACCCAGUAACUUAGAGGGCGAGGGCUGUGUGAGCAUGCACGCUUCAUAUUUCUUUCAUGGAACGUGGAAUGACACCAAGUGCAGUGAUCCCAAGCCUUACAUCUGCAAGAUUUCUAAAGAGAGCCCCCCUCCCACUCCUGCUCCUGGAAGUGGAAAGUGCUUGCAUGGAUUUGAGCCUUAUGGACGUUACUGUUACUUUGUUUACAACGGUCCAAAGGGUUACUCCUGGCCAGACUCGAGACACUACUGUCAGGCAAUUAAGGGCGACUUGGUAUCGCUCCACAGCCGAGCAGAUGUUGAGUUUGUGAGGAACCUGAACUACACCAAAGAGCACAACAUCUGGAUUGGACUCACAAGGGACCAAAACUUUGGUUGGGCCUGGACUGAUAAGACUUCUGUGGGAUUCUUCAACUGGGCUCAGAACGAACCCAAUGAUGCGUUUCACCCCGGGGAGGUGGCAGAGGAGAACUGUGUGGAGAUGUAUCCCGACGGCCACUGGAACGACAACAAGUGCCUCCUACAGAAAGGAUUUGCCUGCCGCCACCGCCAAUUCUUUAUAACAGAUGAUGAUGGACAUCCUAUUUUUCCCACUGAUGUCCCAGGUGGCAACGACGGUGCGAUAAUCGCUGGUGCAGUCAUUGGAGCAAUGAUAUUUGUCUGCCUGAUUGGAGGAUUUCUGUAUUUUGCACUUCAUGUUCGUGGAUAUAGAUUAAGCAAUUUACGCCUGCCAACAAAAACAGCCACACAUACUGAAAAGGUGGAUGUGCCUGCAUUUGCCAAUCCCAACUUUGCAGAUGAGUCGGAUACUUAGAUCUACACUUUGACAUAUAUUUUAUGAUAAAUGUGGGUUAUGUUUUAAAAAUCUUUUGUAUAUUGUUUUGUAAAGUUUAAAAUAUGUGCAAUACAAAUGUACAAAAUGCACAAAAACAAAUGUGAUUCUUAAGAAUAAAAAAAUGAUCAUUUA